AUGUACGAAUUAACAGAAGAUGACUUCAGUUUUGUUGUUGAAACAGAUUCACAUGAUGUAAUUCAUCGAAAUGGAACAAUUGAUCUCGAUUCGAUCCUUCCAAAAAUUGUUGGUCACGCUCGAAUUGAAAAUUUUUUUGGUAUUCCAACACAUUUCUCGAAAAAGAAAAUGGAUUUGUAUAAAAUAACACGUCUACCAUUAUUUGUCGAUGAGAAAAAAGCUGUGUAUGCAGCGAAUCUUCCUCGUUAUUUAUCGUUAGGGGAAGAUGGAAGUUCAUCCGAGUGGUUUGAUCAUACCAAUCGAAGGUGCACAGUUGAUGAACAAUCGAGAUAUAUGUUUUGUUCUAUUCCGGAACCUGUAUUUAGUUCCAUUCAACAUCCUUGUCUAUGA